UUGGUGUUCCUCUGUGGUACACCAAUAUGGCGGCCGGAAAAUAGUGUUAACAUCUGGAACUUAUUUUGGCUAUCUAGGACACUGAUUAACUGCACUGGACGACGCACUGGACAAACAAACAUAUUUUUCGACAAACGCGAUUUGAAAUUCAAAAUGCGCUGAUGACGUCACCUUGUUCUUUCUAAAAAUAGAAUGGCGGGAAUUUCCCGGAAGAACGUUCCCAGAAAAGUAAACAAUCUGUGUAAUCGUGAUCUUCUCGCCUUUCCGCAAAAUGGCUGCGGCUGCAGUUAGCAGCACUAAAGCAGCCAAGCUCGCGAUCUGUCGCCUUGUGGAAGAAACAAGUGGGCAUGAAACGGUCAGAUACUUCGGCCCUGGUUGUCUGGUAAAGUUUGAAAGUAUAGAAUUUCUUCAUUCCGUAGGAACACCGAAAUCAAAGUACUUCUUGGUAGCUAGUAAUCAGGUGCUGCGAAAAGAUAUUCUUGAAACCCUUGAAAAGCAAGAAACAAAAGAGAAAAGUACCAAGAAACGCGAGCCUUCUGUUAGAAUGGUGGCCGAAUUUCCGGGGCUGAAAAUCUGGGGAAGGCUUGAACGGAAACCGUUGAACGAGUUAUACAGUAAUCUGGAAGAGGAUGUCUUCGAGUUGGAUGGGAUCACUUACUUGGCUGUGCCUAAGUUGGAACAAGGUCUCUUUUGGAAAAGUAGCCUAUUAAGCAGAGCCUUGGAGGGAACUGUGUCUUCCCUGAUGGCUUCUGAUCAGCUGCAAUGCGUGGUCUUAUGUAGUGAAAGAACAAUCGACAAAAAAGAUAAGGACGUUGCUCAGAACUUGUCAGCUAAAGUCUACGACCUUCUUCAGCGCGACGGUGUUCUCGCCCACGACGAGUCGCAAUGUCCGAGUUAUUUCUUACGAAAUGAAGAGAGCAAACGUUUCCUCGGAGAAGACGAUUUUCGGAACUCAGACGGAAAGCCUUUAGGAUCAAUUAUUCUUGACAGAGAUGGCAAGUUUGGAGGAGUGCUGAACUUCAUCGAAAACCAACCUGCGCCGGCUAUAGUAGGAAGGAGAUUUGACACAGCAGCUAGUGAGAGGCAUGAUGACGUAACUGAAACAGAGAAGCCUGUUGGUGCUUCGGGUGAUAUUUAUCCACUGCUGGAUCCUCAGUCAAAGAGUGAAGUAGGAAUGGGAACUGAAAUGUCCAAGUUUGCUGAACCAGCAGUCACACCAAUGACAAGAAAUCAGUUUGUGGCAGAUUUGACAGGUAGCAACAAGCGUGAAGGCAACUCAGUGGACCCUGGUGCAGUAGUGGAAGGGGAGAGAGAGCUUCAAGAAAAAAAAGAUCCAGAUCAUACUGAUGGAAAACAAUCACCAACAGAAAAUUCAUGCAGAUCUUUCAGAUCUUUUCAUUUCGGCAGUUCCAACAAAGCCGAAGUAAAACAAGACUUGAAAGGACAGGUGGAUGUGGUGAAUUUGCCUCCUGAGAAUGGCAGUAAAGAGGAACCAGGUCCAGUAGAACAAUUAAGAGAUCAAAAUGAUGACCAGAGAGCGCAAGCAAACAACAAUAAAGGUGAACCAUCAGUGGAAGUUCCAGCAGAAAAUUUAGGCGAUCGAGUUGAUGACCAGAGUGUCCAGAGAAGAAACAAUAAUGGACCACCAGCAGAAGCUCCAGGAGGUGAAACUGGUGGUGGUGAGAGGGCUGACGCAGAGGAGAAUCUACCACAGGACAGAUCAGGGGAUCACUCUCCUCAAGGCCAAGGAAUUGACAGAAGGGCUGGUUUCCCACCUGAUCUACCACAGAAUGAGCACCCACAAGUGAAGUGUUCAGUUAGUGUUUUCACCCAGUUGCAGCCUACUGACAGGCAAAGAAAAUUUCACUUAGGUGACCCACUGACCAAGUCCCUCUUGGACUCCUUGGAGCUUUUAGAGAAACUGAGUAGAUGUUUGGAUCAAGAAUACAAAUAUGGCCAUUGCAAAUGUUGGAAGCACAUCGCUGAGUUUUUUGGCAUUCCUGAAAAAGACUAUCAGAACUUUAAAUGCAAUAAAGUUCAUAGUCCUACAGAGAUUUUGUUUGAGUUUUUAAAGUCUGAUAGCCCUCAUAUCACAGUUGGUUCCUUGAAACAUGGAUUAGCCCAAAUUGAGAGAAAAGAUGUCAUCGACAUACUUUUACAACAUGAGAAAUGUCACGAAUCCAAACGGAGUCUGAAUGACGAUACACUGGUGUGCAGUCUGUUCGACAGUGAUCCAGAUAUCAUUGGGGACAUGGCUUUCCUUUUGGAUAAGCAGAAAUUGGGUUUGAAAGACUGGGCAGAUUUGGCAGCUAAACUUGGUGUAGCGAGGACCACUUUCACGAGCUUUGAAACUUGUAGCACUGACAACCCAACAGAGCAGUUGUUUGACAUUUUGAAAGUGCGUUUCCCCAGAUUGACCGUUGGAAAAUUGAUCGAACAUCUGGAUGCUAUCAACAGACGCGAUGUUAUCCUUGCCAUCGAAAAGAGCACCAAAGUUAAAAAAGAUUUUUUCAUAAAAGAGUUGAUAGCAGACAUGGAUAUCAUGGACGAAGUAUGUGAACUUUUGAACAAGAGGCAACGCACAACAAAGGUUCCGAAUUUGAAACGCCUUGGAAGCAGACUUGGAAUUGAGAAGGAAACCUUGGAUGAUCUUUUACCAACGCAAGAAGAAACCGUAAGUCCUACAGAGGCACUGAUUCGCCAUCUUGGAGGAAGGCAGCCUUGGUUAACAUUGGCAGAGUUCAUCUGGGCACUGCACGCCAUUGAGCGCAACGAUGCUCUUGCUGCGUUGGACGUCUACAUGUCAGGUACAGCUUUAGGUAUAUAUGUGCCUGUGGUGGGAAAUUUAAAGGCUUUUUUUACUAGUGCAUAAGCAUAAGCUACAUCCCGAGCGCUCUCAUUGUCUACAUGGCUUGAAAUAACUAAACGGAAGGCGCUGGUCUAGGCUCGAUUACCAGCCGCUGUUCGGAGAGGAACGUCGACCGGACUCGAGAACGCGGCGGAAUUCGAACCUAGCGCUGUUCACGUUGUACGGUAAAAUGUUUUGUUUGGCUCGGAAAAGAAACGCAACCCGCUUUUGGCUGGUUAAAUAUUUCCACAAUUAUUGUUAACUCUUGAGAUGGCGGCCCUCCAUUGGCCGAAACAUAAGGCAUGUUACUACCAUAAUCUACCAACCGCCGAAUAAUCUACAAAACUGCCGACCGGUUAGCUCAGAGGUAGAGCACCGGACUAGCGUGCGGGAGGUCGCGGGUUCAAGCCCCGGCCGGACCAACACUCAGGGUCUUCAAAUAAUUGAGGAGAA